CGGAGUUGUAAGCCCAGGGCUCGAAGGGUCGGUUUCACACUCUCAUCACUACAUGGACGAAUUUAGCAAAGUUUGUGUCGUUUUUCCCCACAGGCCGUUUUUCUGUGUGCUCCUGCUCGCCGCAGUCCUGUCUUCUUGUACAGGAUCAGCAGCCUCAGUCGAUACUGUACUAAAAAUCGUGGCCACUGCAGGUGAAACUGUCCUUCUGCCCUGCAUCACCACUGCCAGCAAUGAUGUGCCACCAGUGGAGUGGACUAAACAGGGUACACAUUCAUCAUCAGUCAUCGCCUUCCUGUACCGGGAUGGAUGUGAGACCUUUGAGAUGAAGGAUCCGGUCUUUCGGUACAGAACAAAUCUCGUCAUGCAUGAACUUCACCAUGGAAACCUCUCAAUGUUGAUGUCCAACGUGCAACCAAAUGACAGUGGAAUAUACCAGUGUGUGAUUCCGAACAAGAAAAAGCAAGUCCUCACAACUCUGGAGCUGUUUGUAGGUGCCGUUUCUGAGCCGAGACUCUUAGUUGUUCCAGGUGUGGGAGGUGGACUGACUCUGCAGUGCGAGGCCAGGUGCUGGUUCCCCGAGCCUCUGAUCACUCUGUUUGAUAACCAGGGAAUUGAGCUCAGUGCUGAACCCCAAAGGAGAUUAAAGAACACCCCUGGGUGCCUCACGGUCAUAAGAAGAGUGACUCUGCAAGCUGCUACCAACAGGGUCACCUGCAGAGUCCAUCAGCCUGAGAUAAACCAGACCAGGGACUCCGAGAUUUACAUACCAGAGGAGUGCCUGAGAUCCUGCACUGUAAUCAUUGCAACCACUGCUGCAAUUACAACCAUUGUAGUUGUGUGUAUCUGUGCUGCUGUUGCCUUUUUAGUCAAGAAACAUUACUUCUGUGCAGGGCAACAAAAAUUUAGACCUGUUAAUGAAGACAAAGACGUCACUGGAUUAACCACUAAAAGGAGUGACCACAAAUCCAAGCCAGAUCAAGUCCAACAGCCCAGGCAGUCUGCAAAUGAGCCCAGAUCCUCACCGGGCACCUCAAGGCGCUACAUCCCACCCCCACCAAAGUCUCCCUACAACAGCAACGCCCCCAAACCAGCAUCCUCAAACAACAUCGAUCGUCCAAAAUCUGGCUGCUUACCACAGACCAACGAUUCAGAACCUGUCGUUUCAGGACAAAAUCCAGCAUACAUGAAAAAAACCAGAAACAGUGGCAGUUCUGCUGUUUCAACAAGUGAGGGUGCUGCACCAUCCAUCCCUCCUCCAGAUUCAAAAGAAAAGCCUCCUUCACGUUCAAUGAGUGUGUCUGAACGACAGCCUCGUGGAGGUGUUGUAAGAUCUCCGCGCAGGAAUACCUUCUCUGUCCCGACUAACAACCCCUUCAGCGUCCUGUCAGAAGACUCCGAAGACGCAAAGCCGCUGAUCUAGAUGAAGAGUGGUAACAUUUGACGAGGCAGCUUUUGUGUUUGCAUAUAUGAAACAAAACAUGCCAGGUUAAUGAUUAAAUCUUAGUAAAAGCUGUCAGUUAGAUGGGAGUUUGGGUGGUUUAAAAAAAAAAUGUAAUACAGGUUUACAAAAUGCUUGAUCCAACUGAGCCUAUGAAGACAGCUGGACCAUCAGCUGUGAGCAGGAAAGCUCAAUGUAGCACAUCACCACAAACCUUUACAGCUUGGGAGAAGUGAUCUUUUAAUACCUGUUACACAUGGCUGUCCAUAAGGAAAUAUUUCUGUUUUAGUACCAUCUAUUUAUAACAGAAACUCGCUGUAAGUUGGAGGGGAAAAAAACAAAAAUAUAAACAUGUUCUUAACUUGUUUCAAUAAGCUUAACUAGCACAGACUUUUUUUUUUUUCUUUUCUUUUGGCAUUUUCACAGUUAUGCUUCUGGUACUCGGUGCUUAUUGAUCAGCAAGACAUCAGCGUCCAGUCAGUGUUUGGGUCAGACUGUACACACACAUAUCUGUGAGUAAAUUACAUGUGAUGGGAUAUUGUCCCUGCCAGGCGGUCGGCACGUUUUUAAAUUUGUGAACCUGAUGAUUUGGGAACGAUGUGACCUAAGAUAUUUAAAUUGAUAUCACAGUUGCAUCUACUAAAAAUCUAAAGAUCUGAACUAAAAAUUCAAAUCUUGAGGCCAUUGACCUCAAGGUCAGAGGUCAAGUUUUCAGAAAAUAUUGUGGAUGCGAUACAUUGAGAACAAUGUGACCUGGGAUGUUCAAAUUUAGGCCGUAGAUGCAUCUGCUAAAAGUUUUGGUUGACUUGUCAAUCACAGAAAGUGACAGCAUUUAUUUUUUUAAAUUCCUGGUUCUAACAGUCAUUUGCUUUUGAGAUGAUAUUGUUAAUAAAGUUACUGAGGCUCAUAUGCACCCCAUUAAGAUGUAUUGUGCCAACUAAGAGUGUACUGCGAGGAGGCUGAGGGGGAGCACUGGCAGGUGACCGUAUUGUAUCAGGGGAAACAAUAUUCAGAACCUCCAUUAUAUUAGCUUUGUAAUUUUUUUUUUUUUUUUUUUUUUUUGUCACUGGUGGAAAGGUGCAGGCUUGCAAUGUUGUCACUUCUCCAGGUAAACAUAUACCUUAUUCCUUAUAUAGACAAAUGGGAAUAUGUAGGGGGAAAAAAGUAUCUAAAAAGUUAAAUUAAAGUUGUCAUGUAAGUAAAAAUUGUUGUAAUUACUGGGUUAAACCAGGCUGUGCUUUCCAGUAAUAUUUUAUCACACUGAAAUCAAUUUAACAAUAGUCUGAUUUCCAAAGAUUAUCAAUAUUAUAUUUUUAUACACCCAUUGAAAGUUGGGGGCAUGGAAUUUUCCACUCAACAACUGGAACACCGUUAAGCCUACACUUAACAGUCUUCAUGGGUCGAUAGCUUAUGACUAAAGCAAGAUUAGGGUUUUAUAUGGGGUCACUGGGAUCAAGGUCAUAUCGUUUUAAAUCUUUGUUUUUUGUUCAUUUUUUUUUUUUUUUAAAUCCAGAAAUGGUUUGAAGGUUUUGGAUGAAACCUUGCAUAAUUAUUCUUCAUAUCAAGACAUUAUGCAGAGAUCAACUCCUGGAGGUUAAGGUCACAUAAUUAUUAUUAAAUCUUUAUUUUUUUAUGUGACAACAAACGGGAUUAAUGCAGUGCGAUGGGCGUAUUUUGUCCCGCUAGAUGUUGCUCUUGUUACCAGUUGCUCUUGGAAUUAAACAAAAAUUUAAAGACGCUAUUUGAAAAAUGAAAUGUUGAGCAGUUAACAUUUGCUCCAUUGCUUAUCUGUUGGAUGACUCGGCUGUUCUGCCUCCUGGGUUGGAGAUGGAACGAGAAGACUGUCUCCCCUUCUCAGCAGGUGCAGUUAUUCUGUCACCUGUGCCACUGAAUAAAUCAAACUACAAUAGUAAUCCAAUCAUUCACAACUGUAUACGUAUCUGGAAGCAACUUAAGAAACAGUUCAAGCUUAGAAAUGUGUCUUUCCUAUUACCUAUAGUGGCGAACCCCUCAUUUGCCCCUUGUAAUUCAGGUGGCUCUUUUUUUACAUGGAAAGACAUGGGAAUCCAGACUUCAGGCGACCUGUAUGUGGAGGGAGUGUUUACAUCUUUUCAAUAGCUUAAGGAAAAAUAUACUCUCCCACAAUGUGACUUCUUUAAAUAUUUGCAGGUCAGGAGCUGUCAAAUCACAUCUCUCUGAUUUUGAGGGUGCAGAGCCAGACAAAUUGGAUGGCUGUUUAAAAUAUCUAACUCUGUGUUUAGAAUAAAUUAGAUUUCUGCUCAGAAAAAAACUCAAGGAAUUUGAUGAGAUUUGGGACCAUUUUGUCUCCUAUUUGAAAGGCUUAAAGUAAUUUAAAUCCUGUAGAUGACGAUGCUAUGAGUAACACUCGGGGGUGUUUGCAUUUAUAUGUUGGUUUGUUUCGGUUUUUUUUUUCCCCUCACUAUUUUACUGUCUUGUGGAAUGUUACAUAGUUGUUGUUGACUUUCCGUAUAGGGUCUUUGUUAUUUGAUGUGAUGUAUUUCUUUUCAUUCCUUUAAUAAUGACAAGAUUUCCUCAUAGUUUUUGUUGUGUUUAGAAAAAAGAGGACAGGAAGAAAAAUUUUUUGUUUGUUUGCUUUUGUUUUUGUUUUUGAUUUUUCUUUUCUUCUUGCUAAAAUGUUAAAUGAAUACCUUUAUUAGAAUGAAUGAACAUGUUUCUUUCAAUAAAAAUAUUUAAGACAAAAAAGAAAAAUGAAAUGUACAAAAAACUAAAGAUGCUAUGAACCUUGAGUUUGGAACUGCACCCAAGUUUUAUUUUUGCUGUGAAAACUGCAGUUUAUUCAGGCAUCAUGUAGCCAUCUGCUGCUUCGCUGCAGUGAAAAUAAUCAAACUACAAAUACUUUUAGUGGUUAUUUUUCUGCUCUUGGGACUUUGUUGCUGGGAUAUAAAUCCUCCUUAUUUCACACUUUUAUCUUGAAUGUGAUGUUCAUACACAUUCAGUACAGAUGUUUCACUACAGAGGUUUCACUGUUGGGGUUGUGUACAGUUUUUAAUGCUACAUUUGAAUAUCUUUAAUAUGUCAGUGUUUUUACUUUUUAUUAUAUACAUAUAUAAAAUAUGCCUCCUGGAUAAAUCACGUCAUUACAUUGAUCCAAAACCUGAAACUUGGAUUUCUGAGCCUCAUUCUUAAUGUGAUUUUUUUUUUCCCCUAGCACUUAACUUUGUAUCCUCAUCAUUUAAAUUUUUAUUGACUCAAUUAAUAUUUGUAUGAAAUCUGUAUGAAUAAAUGCAUAUUUUUUCCUC